AUGGCCAAUGCUCCAGCUCAGCCUGCGCAGGCACCAAUCCGAAACGUACAAAAUCCAAGACCGGGCCAAGUGAAAUCACCGGGACAGCCAGUGUCAACUUCCAUCCCGCAACGCCUCUCCGCGAUUGCCAAAGAGGUAUACUGGUGUAUGGACGAGAUCUUUAGUGAGCCCAAAGAGACCUGGCUACGUCCUGUUGCAGGCGACGCAGACAUUACGGAUGAAAAGUUCUACGAGCUCACAAACCGCGCUCUUGAUAAAGCCAGAGGGGGCCUGAUGAAAGACUGGUUGUUGAAACGUCUUUCGUGGAAGCGUUGCUUUCACAUAGUCAAGACCAACAGAGACCAAGUGCUGCUAGGACAGAUCGAACUGCCGCCACAGGAGCACCUCGAAUACGAACACGGCAUGCUGACUCCCGAAGAUGUCCACAUGAAGCUAGCUGCAGUACAAAUGGUGGCCGGUCUGAUGGACCCAAAGACCGCUCGUGGGGAGAAGACUGUGAUGACCAUGCUCCCCAAGAAGAAAAUACCGCCAAACUUCAAGAGGGAGAUGGGAAUGUGCGGUUGGGGCAUCUACGCGCAAAUGGGCUUCUCGGUCAAGAAGAUCCUCUGGUGGCUCAUUUUUUGCAUGAUUUCGAUGUCGAUAUUCGCUGCUGUUUGGUUGGUAUGCAUCAACAGCACAGAUCUGCAAAACGCCUUCAUGCCGGCGACGAUUGUGCUCACUCUGUUCACGAUUGUUUUGGGAGUAGCCCAGAGUUUGGGCUGA